AUGACAGAAACAGCCUUCUCCUUCCCCUCCACCUACAACUUCCCGCCCUUCUUCACCCCGCAACCCAACACCAACACCCGCCACGACCAGCUCAAGAAAUGGGCCGCUCUGAUCCAAGCCUGGUGCCGACACCACCGCCAGCAGCGACUGGCACUGAUCGACGCCGUCGAGUCGCCGCUCUUCCACAACGCCGCACUGCGCAAACGGCUGGAUCUUCGCGAGGCCCGCGCGAUCGUUGACUGGAUGGCCAAGACCGAAGAGGAGGGCGGCGGUGGUGGACGCGCUGAGUGGAUCGAUGCCGGGCGCACUGUCGCCUGGAUCUGGUGGCGGCAGCCAGCGGAGUGGGCGGAUCUUCUGGCGGAGUGGAUUGAGAGCACGGGGCAGAAGGGGGUGGUGUUCACGGUUUAUGAGUUGUUGGAGGGUGAGGGGACGGGGUCGCAAGAAUUCCAUGGCAUGGAUCCCGAGGUCAUGCUACGCUCGCUGAACAUCCUUGUUAAGCGCGGCAAGGCACAGGUCUUUGGUGCUGAGGGCCAGGAGGGUGUCAAGUUCUUCUAG